AUGGGCCGAGCCCCUGCAUGGGGGCUCGACAUGACGGACCCUCCACUGAAUGAAAGCACUGACGUGCAGGACACCGCGCAGCUGCUCAUUCUUACUCGUGGAGUUAGUGCAAACUUUGAGAUGCGCGAGGAGCUGGCAGCCCUCCAAAGUCUCAAAGGGACUAAGACGGGGGAGGAUAUUUUCGGCAAAGUGUACCAAACCAUGGAAGAGUUUGAUCUGAACUGGUCAAAGCUGGCCAGCAUCACAACUGAUGGGGCUCCUAGUAUGGUGGGUAUGUCUCGGGGUCUAAUAGGACUCAUGAACCGGGAGACGGAAGAACGAGCAUGCACUGUCUGCAAAGUGUUGACGUGGGAUUCUGUUAUGAAGGUUGUGGUGUCAUGCAUAAACUUCAUCAGAGCAAAGGGAGUUAAACACAGGCAGUUCCAAGAAUUCCUGUCUGAACUGGAAUCUGCACACGGAGAUAUGCUGUACUACACAGAGGUCCGAUGGUUGAGCCGGGGCAGAGUUUUGAGGCGUUUAUACGAGCUGCUACCUGAAAGUAACUCAUUUCUUCAUUCACAAAACAAAACGGUGCCAGAGCUGAUCGACCCAGAAUGGAAAUGGCACCUCGCAUAUUUAACAGACAUGGCAGAAAUGCUGAACAGCUUUAACUUGCAGCUACAAGGCCAGGGGAAACUCAUUUGCGACAUGUAUUCCCGCAUAAAAGCAUUUGAGGUGAAACUAGAGCUGCUUUUGGGACAAGUGAAAAAGCACAGCCUCUCUGCAGAGAACCCAGUGGUCCCGUUUCCAGCUGAAAAGUGUGUGGAAGCACUGGAAAUGCUGAAGGCGGAGUUCGGUGUGCGAUUCCGUGAACUACAUGUUUAUGCAAAAGAAAUCCGUCUUUUCCAGAACCUCUUUGUUGCCGACAUUGAUAAAGCCCAGCCUUCUUAUCAGUUUGAGUUGGCCGAGUUACAGAACUGUGAUGUUUUGAAAGAUGCGUUCAAGCCCAACAGUCUCAUUGACUUCUAUGCCGCCCUCCCAAACGACACAUACCCUAACAUCAGAAAACACGCAAUGAAGAUGUCCACACUUUUUGGCAGCACGUAUAUCUGCGAGCAAACCUUUUCACACAUGAAACUGCUGAAAACUCCAGUGAGAUCAAGAUUGACAGAUGCAUCAGUGUUUGAGACUGGCAGUGACUAG